AUGGUGAACGAAAAGAAAACAGAAACAACAUUAAUGUUGUUAAAACAGUCAGUAUGGAACAACCUAUUUCUAAAAAGAUAUAUUCUAUCUUUGAUUAAAGAGACUGUACCCUAUCGUAAAGAGAUGAUGGCGUCGAAACGACAUUUAGAUAUUAUCGCUUCGUUUAAAAGAGCUCGUUCAAAUGUACAUGGGUUGUUGUUUACACCUUUGUUGCUUGCAAGUCAUAUUGAGCAUUUGAUAAAGAGUAGUCUCACGGCCAAGAGAUACCCGUAUCUCAAUGACAUCUCUGCUAAUCCAAUACUGCGUGUUGACAUUGCACUCUUUCAAAGUGUACAUAAAAUGUUGAUGGACAAGGAUCUGUACAACAGCCCGACAGCCUCCAAAAACAUAUGGGAUCAUAUCGUUGGAUCAAACAACAUUGAAUUGUACAAAUAUGCAAGAUCACAGUUUCUACUACCAAGUGCCGCGAUUUGUUUUGAUUUGGUGUUGACGGCAUCGAAAAUAGGUACUUUUAGAAGUAUAUCAACUGUAGUUCUCUACGACACCAUCAUCCCCAUAUCAAAGGGAUCAGAGAUACUUGAAGACAUGUUGGAUGAGCUCCCAGAAAUCUUUCCAGAAGAUGAUUGGUCAUUGGCUGUAGACACAAAAUAUAUAGUCGCAAAUGGAAGAUUAGACUUGUACAAAAAGUUGGAAUUGGAACGAACAAGAUGGAUCAAGUAUAAAAAAUCUAUCAAUGGUUUUGGUACUUUAAACAAACUACAAAACAACUAUAAUAUCUAUCUAUCAGACAAUGCAAUAGUGACACUCAUAAUCAACCAACACAAAGAUUUAUUCUAUUAUCUCUAUUUCAAUCAAAAGAUUAUCAUCACUGAAAGGAUUUUGAAAAUGAUAGUUAAUACAUGUUUAAUUACUGGUGUAUUAUUUUUAAAUCAAGCUCAAAUAGAUUAUCAAAAUAAUAAUAAUCAAAAUAAUAAUAGUUGUAAUAAUAAUAAUCAAAAUGGAUUUCUUUAUUCGAUGGUAAUGUAUUCAAUGAGUAAAGAAUUCCAAUUUCAUCAAUGGAGAGGCCAAAGGGUUGAUAAAGUUGGUGCAUUUAUAAAACAGUUGGAAGAUGUGGCUCGACAACUCAACUAUAUCGACCCUGUUCAAAGUUUAAAACGAUCAACGGCACACAAACCAAAUGGAUAUCCUAUCCUUGGUCACUAUAAACUUAAAUUAGCACCUCAAUAUUUCCAAUUACUCCAACAACAAUCUUCCGAUCCUGUACCAACACUAUCUUUUAAUUUUUCCGAAGAUCUUUAA